GCUGUAUGUCCAAGAUGGCGGCGCCCUGUAGGCUGGAGGAACUGUGAGGUAAACAGCUGAGGGGGAGGAGACGGUGGUGACCAUGAAAGACAACAGGCUGACAGCACUGGAAACAGAAGCACCAACUGUCCCCAGAACAGUCUGGUAGCGGCCCUAAUGAAGAGACGCCUCAGCCUUUAGCCCAGGUCCUGGAGCCCGCACCACAGUGUGGAGUGAGAAUGGCUCAGCCAGCAAACGUUGGGGAGCUGCUCUCCAUGCUGGACUCUCCCACACUGGGUGUGCGCGAUGAUGUGACAGCCAUCUUUAAGGAGAACCUCAAUUCUGACCGUGGUCCUAUGCUUGUGAACACCCUGGUGGAUUAUUAUCUGGAAACCAAUUCUCAGCCGGUUUUGCACAUCUUGACUACUUUGCAAGAGCCACAUGAUAAGCACCUCUUGGACAAAAUGAAUGAAUAUGUGGGCAAAGCCACCACUCGUUUAUCCAUCCUCUCAUUGCUGGGGCAUGUCGUGAGGCUGCAGCCAUCUUGGAAGCAUAAGCUCUCUCAAGCACCUCUUUUGCCUUCUUUACUGAAAUGUCUCAAGAUGGACUCUGAUGUUGUCGUCCUCACAACAGGUGUCUUGGUUUUGAUUACCAUGCUACCAAUGAUCCCGCAGUCAGGGAAGCAGCACCUUCUUGAUUUCUUCGAUAUCUUUGGCCGUCUUUCGUCAUGGUGCCUGAAGAAACCAGGUCAUGUGACAGAAGUCUACCUUGUCCAUCUCCAUGCCAGUGUUUAUGCCCUCUUUCAUCGCCUUUAUGGAAUGUACCCUUGCAUUGUCUCUUUUUUGCGUUCUCACUACAGUAUGAAGGAAAACUUAGAGACUUUUGAAGAAGUGGUCAGGCCAAUGAUGGAGCAUGUGCGAAUUCACCCGGAAUUAGUGACUGGAUCCAAGGACCAUGAACUGGACCCUCGAAGGUGGAAGAAACUAGAAACUCAUGAUGUUGUAAUAGAGUGUGCCAAAAUCUCCCUGGACCCCACAGAAGCCGCCUAUGAAGAUGGCUGUUAUGUGUCUCACCAGCUCUCUGCCCACUUCCCUCAUCGUUCAGCUGAUGGCACCGCCAGCCCUUAUGUCCACACACAGAAUAGCUAUGGCAGUGCUACUUCUACCCCUUAUUCCACCUCUCAGAUGACGUUCUGUGCACCUGGGCAGCUACCUCAGACUCUGAGCUCCCCAUCAACACGGCUGUUACCUGAGCCGCUGCAAGCUACUCUUUGGAGCCCUUCUAUGGUCUGUGGCAUGACCACUCCUCCAACAUCUCCUGGAAAUGUCCCGCCUGAUUUCUCACACCCUUAUAGUAAAGUCUUUGGCACAACUGCUGGAAAAGGAACUCCUCUGGGAACCCCAGCAACCUCUCCUCCUCCAGCCCCAAUCUGCCAUCCAGAUGACUAUGUACACAUUUCACUCCCCCAGGCCACAACCACACCCCCCAGGAAGGAAGAGAGAACAGAUUCUGCAAGGCCGUGUCUACAUAGGCAGCACCAUCUUCCGAAUGACAGAGGAUUAGAAGAGCUACCUGGAAGCAAAGGUUCCGUUACUCUAAGUGAUCUUCCGGUGUUUUUAGGUGAUCUGGCCUCUGAGGAAGACAGUAUUGAAAAAGAUAAGGAAGAAGCGGCGAUAUCUAGAGAGCUUUCUGAGAUCACCACCACAGAGGCGGAUCCUGUGGUUCCUCGAGGGGGCUUUGACUCUCCUUUCUACCGAGACAGUCUCCCUGGUUCUCAGCGGAAGACACUUUCAGCAUCGUCUGGGACUCGGGGCUCCAGUGUGAACCCUGAGCCUUUACCCUCCUCCCUGGACAAGCGUGGGCUCGAUACACCAAAGCAAGCCUUUACUCCCAUUGACAUACCCUGUGGCAGUGCUGACAUCAGUCCAGCUGGGGAUAGGGACCGCCAGACUUCUCUGGAGACCAGUAUUCUCACUCCCAGCCCUUGCAAAAUUCCUCCUCGGAGGGGAGUGGGCUUUGGAAGUGGGCAACCUCCCCCAUACGAUCAUCUCUUUGAGGUGGCCUUGCCAAAGACUGCCCGUCACUUUGUCAGCAAGAAGACCGAGGAGCUGUUAAAGAAAGUGAAAGGAUGCCCUGAGGAAGACUAUGUGCCCUCUACCUCCCCAAUGGAAGUACUGGACAGGCUGAUACAGCAGGGAGCAGACGCACACAGCAAGGAACUGAACAAAUUGUCCUUACCCAGCAAGUCUGUGGACUGGACCCAUUUUGGAGAUGAGAUCCGCACCCUCCGAGACCAGUUGCUUUUACUGCACAACCAGUUACACUACGAGCGUUUUAAGAGGCAACAACAUGCUCUUCGGAACAGGCGGCUCCUGAGAAAGGUGAUCAGAGCAGCUGCUCUGGAGGAACACAAUGCUGCUAUGAAAGAUCAGUUGAAGUUACAAGAGAAAGAUAUCCAGAUAUGGAAGGUGAGUCUGCAGAAAGAGCAAGCCAGAUACAGUCAGCUUCAGGAGCAGCGUGACACUGUGGUGACCCAGCUGCACAGCCAGAUCAGACAGCUACAACAUGACCGAGAAGAAUUCUACAACCAGAGCCAGGAAUUGCAGACAAAGCUGGAAGACUGCAGGAACAUGAUCGCAGAGCUGCGAAUAGAGCUGAAAAAGGCCAACAACAAGGUGUGUCACACCGAGCUGCUGCUCAGUCAGGUUUCUCAAAAGCUCUCAAAUAGUGAGUCGGUCCAGCAGCAGAUGGAGUUCUUGAACAGGCAGUUGUUGGUGCUUGGGGAGGUCAACGAGCUGUAUUUGGAACAACUGCAGAACAAGCACUCAGACACCACAAAGGAAGUAGAAAUGAUGAAAGCCGCAUAUCGCAAAGAACUAGAAAAGAACAGAAGCCAUGUUCUCCAGCAGAAUCAGAGGCUCGAUACCUCCCAGAAACGGAUUUUGGAACUGGAAUCUCUUCUGGCCAAGAAAGACCACCUUCUUCUGGAACAGAAGAAAUAUCUGGAGGAUGUCAAGAGCCAGGCAAGUGAACAACUGCUGGCUGCAGAGAGCAGGUAUGAGGCUCAAAAAAGGAUCACCCGGGUGUUUGAGUUGGAGAUCUUAGACUUGUAUGGCAGGUUGGAGAAAGAUGACCUCCUACAAAAACUCGAAGAGGAAAAAGCAGAAGCAGUGGAAGCAGUGGAAGAAAGGCUUGACUGUUGUAAUGACGGCUGCUCAGAUUUAGGGCACAAUGAAGAGGCAUCUGGGCACAAUGGUGAGACCAAGACCCUCAGACCCAGUGGUACCAGAGGCAGUUGUGGAGCUAAAGGAGCUGGAGGCAGCAGCAGCAGCAGCAGUGAGCUUUCUACCCCAGAGAAACCCACAAGCCAGAGAGCAGGCCCAUUCAGCAGUCGGUGGGAAACUUCUGUGGGCGAGCCCUCCACCAGCAUCCCUACAACUGUUGGUUCACUUCCCAGUUCCAAAAGCUUCCUGGGCAUGAAGGCCCGAGAGCUGUUUCGUAAUAAGAGCGAGAGCCAGUGUGAUGAGGACAGCAUGACCAUCAGUAGCCCUUCUGAGACUCUAAAGACAGAACUGGGCAAAGACUUGGGUAUGGAAGUCCAGAGUCCCCUGAACCUAGACGGCCCUCACCCAUCUCCCCCAACCCCGGACAGUGUUGGGCAGCUCCGUAUCAUGGACUACAAUGAGACUCAUCUUGAACACAGCUAAGGAGGAGGGCCAGUCAGUGUUAACUCGCAUCUUGUUGGCAUAGAACAGGAAGUGUGAAUGCAUGUUCAAGGCUCUCCUGUUUCCAGGGUCUGAGUGGCUUCUCACACAGAGGAAAUGGGACAGAGGUCCAUUGGACAGCUGACCGAAUUCAGAAUGGUUUUUAGAUCUGACACUGAAAUGCCUCUUAACCUUCCCCUCAACUCACCCCCAAACCUAUCUUUCAUUUACCUAGCAGUGUGUACUAAUUGAGGGCCAGUGUGUGUUCCUCAGUAGCUUUAUUUUCCUUUCCCCUCAAAUGGUUGAGUCCUUUGAACCUGUGCAAUAUGAGGCCAAAUUUCAUCUUUGAGUCCAACACACCACUCUCUGCUUUCCUGAAAUUCAGAUAACUGAGUGGCUCUUGGUUAGACCAGACAGUUGGUGGCAUUGCAGGUAAGUCCAAUUUUGUCUCUCCUAGGAGGACGUAGCCUGCAAAGCUGUCUUCAUGUGAAAGCUUUUACAGGAGACUUUUCACUGCUUUUUGGUUCUGAAGUUCAGCAUCUAAAGCAGUUGAUGUAGAAAAACAGUGGUUCAUUUGCCCUUACAUUCUUUUGGUGGUUCUGAUAAGCUUCCUGGAAAGUUGUGCUUGAACAAAUGCCCAUUGUUUCAGCAGUCUAGCUGGCACUGUGGAGGCCACACUUCCUUGCCCUUUGGGAAAACUUUUGUCCUUCUUUCCCCCACUACCUCUUAUUUAUUUGGUGUAGGCUUAAAAGCUGGUACCAAGCUGCCCACAGAUGAGUGUAGGUGGUAGUCUUGUUCUCUGUAGACAACAAGUAGUGGUCACUUGGAGAGGUGCUCUAGAAGGUCUUGCAUAUGUGGAAAUGCACCUCUGGGCUGGUCUCGUCUAGCUAGCCAUUGGUUCAACCCUUGACCUGUUUGACUCCCUUGAGUUCACAUGCACCUGUUGUUUGUGUCAGCUGUUUUGUGACACGCGGCCAAAAGGCUGUGAAGGUUCGGCAUUUCUUGAGCUUAUGUGACCAUCAUUUCCCAGGCUGGGGGGUUGCUUCGUAUUAGGUUCCAGGCCACCAAAAAGGUAGCAGCUUUUCACACCAGUUCUGACUUUUAGGACCGACUCUCCUGGAGCACGUUGUCACACUUUCUUGUGUUAGGAAUGGCGGAGCAACUCAGCAGAGGCCAGGAGGGUGUUGAUGAAGUCUUGAAUGCCUGCACCCACUGGGCUGCCCCAUAUGAUCACCAGGUGACACCAGUCAGAACACUGGUGGCAGCAGAUAAUCCAAACUCAGCACAUGCUCCUGAAAUAAAUGCUAGAAGCCUAAGAAUUGUUGCCUGGUGUUCCAGCCCAGGCAAAGAGAGACUUGGCAGGAAAAAAGCCAGUGAGCUUAGUUUUCCUGUUUCUAUUCUUUAUGUAAAAAGAAUAGAAGGGUUCAGCCACGAAGACGUUAAAGAAACUGUAAUGGUACGAAAUCUUUCUGCAUAUGGAAGCUUCCAGUAUGUGAGGGUGAAAGUCUUUUUUUUUUCCUUAAGUGUGGCAGUAAAUAUCCUAGUAUGUCUAACUAUAAAGGCAACCAGACAGUUUGAGACUUCAUGUCACCAUGGCAACCACUGAGCUAAAGACCCUUUGAGGCCAGAAUUUCAGGUGUAACUGACUGACACCCGGCCAUUGCCACUGGAUAUCCAGGGUGGAAUAUUAGUAGUGCUACACUUUUAAUUCAGCUUUGUCCAAAGGAAAGCUUAAAAUCCAAUAUAUCUUAGUUUCCUGGAUUUAGGAAAGGACAGUAUGAACAAAUUCAGGAAGGAAAGAAAAAUGUUACAGGUUAGCUUUUGAAACUGGUUUUAAGUGCUUUCCCCCUCCGGGGCCCAAAGAUUUGCGCCACAGAACAAAGCCUUCUCCUUAACUGGCAAAGGAAAGGAGGCCAAUGUAAGAAAGAAAAGAACACUUUAAAAUGGAUGGAUGGUGAAACAUAGGAAAGGAAGGAGGCAGCAUGGUAAAAUGGACUGAGGUGUAGGCUUGAGACUCUGCAUUCCCUACGCCAGCUCUUGACACAGUACUCCUUUCUAGUGUCCGUCUACUACUGUACAACCCAGGAGACCUGGUGUGCUCAGCUAGGGCUCCUUUGAAUUCUAGGAGGCUAUAAAAUUUUUUCAACUAAGAUUGGGGAAUUGAGACCUAGAGUCAUGGUGAAGUUGCCCAACCUAAAAACUUAAGUAUUUUUUGUCUAGAAGAACUCGAGGGUUAAUAAUAAGACUUGCUUUUGUUCUGAGGGCCAUAGACUUGCCUAAGGUCAGUGGGUCACUUGACUGUUCUGCAAGCAGUGAUUGGAGCUCCAGACAAGCAAUUGAGGCCUGGGUAAAGAUACCAGAACAAUUGGUGUAAUGGGCAAGACAAGCUUUGAAACUGGUUAAGCAGUCAGGUAGAAUGUUGGAAUUGGACAGCCUCUGUCUUAAAAUCACCAGGAGCCAGUGCUGUGGUGGUCAGUGUGCGUAACUUACCCAGAUUCCCCUUGACUGGCAUCAGACAGGCCCCAAAAAGCCUGGGGUCUGUGUCUCCAGCAUGGACUGUGUUUAAAAUGAGCUCUGCAAUAGUAUUUGGGGGUGGGGAGAAGCAGGAAGGUGGUGGAGGAAGAUGCCCAGAAAAGGAGCUCUUGAACUUAUCACAGUCCAUCAACACACCUCUUUCUGAUAGAACCUCCACAGGAAGUUUAUAAAAUGUGUUACUGCGGGAGCAGGAGAAAUAUGUGGUUAUGAACAUGAGAAAAUUAGUUCAGGAAAUUUUAGGAGAUAUCUUGGAAGCUGAGUGCUUGGAAGAGCGGGUGGGCAGUGACCUCUCCAGGUUUGCAGACAGCUUUCAGGAAAGAACACUGCCAAACCUUUGGGAGUAUGCUGUAGAAGGUUCUUACUGUAUGUGAUGUGGUUGGGGGAAAUAAUCCAAACUAUUCUUAGAAGGUAAACUGUCACCACCCAGGAAAAAAGUCCUGGAAGCCACUGACAAUUAGAAAAAUUAGUCCCCACCCCCAUGCUGCUGUGGCCAAAGGCCAGUGCCUCCCAGAGCAGAAGCAGCACAACAGGCAGCAAAUACCAGGCUCUGGCCAUUUGCAGGCAUGUGGAGUUCCCAGUGCUUUUGUGCAGAGAGAAAAUGUUAGCAGUUGUUCAGAGGAUACCCAUAGUGGCCAUGGAAUGGAAGGAUCUGUGAACUGGACCGCAUCGCUCAGAUUGGCAGUAAGGAUAGAAAGCUGAAUAACAACCAAAAUGGGCUGUGAUCAGCUAAUGGGAAUUUCCACCAAACAUUAGAACCUGCCGUGUGAAGCCAGAAAGAACUGAAGAGCAAAGGAAAGUCCUUACUGAGCAGUAAGGGCAGGAAGCACUGUGAGCAGGCUGGAGGAGGGUUAGGGCACUGCACAGGCUUGGCUUACACUGCAGUGCAGAUGAAGUGUUACCAUCCUCUUGGGUGCUCUCAGAGAGUGGUCCUGGAAGAAGCCUGGCCCCAACAGGCAGAAUCUGCCUCACUGGGAAGUAAGCUAUUCUGCCCACAGUGACCCAGAUGGCACAUCCAUCUGCUGCAUCUUCACUCCCAAGGUCCAUGCUCUAAAAGUGACCUGUAGUGAGGGUUGGAAAAUGUAUCCAGUCAGAGGAUGUUUGUGUAUCAGUUUACAUCUGGGAGUAUAUGGCAUUGCCCUGUCCCCUCUCCCAGAUUGCUGUAGUCAUUGAUUGUCCUUGAUUUAAUUUUUCUCUGUAGGUAAAAGAACAAGCUUAGGUCAGGGACUGAUCCCUGCUGUGACCCUUGUUCCCAUGUGGCUUGUUUCUACAUCUGUAACUCCCCAGUGUGCCCUGGAAAUUAUGUUUCCCAUCUUUUCUGGACUGCCCUGCAGUCUGAGAGAAGAGGGGCUGCAGCUGUUAGAGAAACCUGCACCCCCAACAGUUUGGGUCUCAAAAUGAGUUAAUGAAGACCAAGGAGCUCUGUGCCCCUUCCCCGUGCUUCAACAUUAUUCACCCUCUAGGAUAAAUAGGCUGGUUUUAGCCAUUGGCAUAGAUCUUUUAGAGGAGACCCAGGAGUUCAAGGACCGCAGACCAAACCCUCCCCCCUGCUUCCCCACCUCACACAGUGUUUGAAUGGAAGAGUUCGAGCUGCUCUGUGCACCACACCCUGGCUUAAACAGAAGCAGCAGGAAUUUUGCACUAGGAAGAAUCAGUGAUUACUCUUCAGAAGACUUCUAUGAACCACAAAUGCAUUACGGAGAAACAGAUUUUGCUAAGACAUAAUCUAGCUUUAUAACUCAAUCAUGGAUGAACCGUAUGUGGCUCACUUGCAGUUUAAAGGGGUCCCAUCAGUGAUAAGAACCAGAUUUUUUAAACUGACUGCUUUUAGUGAAAUGGAAGGAAGUCACCUCUUUUCCAAAGGUUUGAACUUUCCCACCUUGAUCGUAAAAGCAUGUCAAAUAAUCCACAUCAGAUGCCAUAAGUGCAAACUGCAAGAGAACAUGGUACAAUCUCAGUGAAUGGGAGUUGGAAUCAAAGGGUUCGCUGUCCUUAGAAUGUUCUGAAAUGUCAAGGCAGUUGCUUGUGUUUAACUGUGAACAAAUAAAAAUUUAUUGUUUUGCACUACUCUGCUGAGGUGAUGUGGAGUGAUUUAUGCUGGCCUUAGGGGGCUUGUUGCUGGAGUUAAGGAGUAGUCCAAAGAUACAGAAACCUUGGGUCUGCAGUGGCUAUCUGGGUGGUUGGAGGAGGGUGUGAACAAGUAAACAGGUUCUAGUUUAGUCUCUGUAAGAGCCUUUAUAUUCUGACAAAUUAUCCAGUGUACAGAUAAUUCAUCUACCUC